UUGGCGACCUCUGAGCACAGCGCCCGGCGGCAGUGGGGCCGCAAUGGCGUCGCCCUUCAGCGGAGCGCUGCAGCUGACGGACCUAGAUGAUUUCAUCGGGCCAUCUCAGGAAUGCAUCAAGCCCAUGAAGGUGGAUAAGAGGCUGGGAAGCGGUGUGGCCAAGAUCCACAUUGAAGAUGACGGGAGUUACUUCCAAGUCAGUCAGGACGGAGGGACACGGAAGCUAGAGAAGGCCAAGAUCUCACUGGAUGACUGCCUGGCAUGCAGUGGCUGUGUCACCUCAGCAGAGACUGUGCUCAUCACUCAGCAGAGCCACGAGGAGCUACGGAAGGUUCUAGAUGCCAAUAAGACACUGGCGCCUGAUCAACAGAGGCUGGUUGUCAUUUCCGUCUCGCCCCAGUCCAGAGCAUCGCUGGCUGUGAAAUUUCAGCUAAAUCCCACAGACACUGCCAGGAAGUUAACUGCCUUCUUUAAAAAACUAGGGGUGCACUAUGUGUUCGAUACCGCCUUCUCAAGGAACUUCAGUCUCCUGGAGAGCCAGCGAGAGUUCAUGCGGCGCUUCCGGGGACAAGCCGACUCCAAGCAGGCCUUGCCCGUGCUGACUUCUGCCUGCCCAGGAUGGAUCUGCUAUGCUGAGAAGACCCAUGGGAGCACCAUCAUCCCCUACAUCAGCACAGCCCGCUCCCCACAGCAGGUCAUGGGUUCCCUGGUCAAGGACUUCUUCGCCCGGCAGCAGCAUGUGACCCCUGACAAGAUCUACCAUGUGACAGUGAUGCCCUGCUACGACAAAAAGCUGGAAGCGUCCAGACCUGACUUUUUCAGACAGGAGCACCAGACGCGCGACGUGGAUUGUGUCGUCACGACAGGAGAAGUCUUCAAGUUGCUGGAAGAAGAAGGGGUCUCGCUAUCAGAACUGGAGCCAGCCCCCCUGGACAGUCUGUGCAGCAGCGUGUCUUCCCAGGAACCCACCAGCCAUCGAGGUGGGGGCUCAGGGGGCUACCUGGAGCACGUGUUCCGGCAUGCAGCCCAGGAGCUCUUUGGAAUCCACGUGGAGGAGGUCACCUACAGACCUAUGAGGAACAAGGAUUUCCAGGAGGUGACGCUGGAGAGCGAGGGCCGAGUCCUGCUGCACUUUGCUGCGGCUUACGGUUUCCGCAACAUCCAGAACCUGGUGCAGAAGCUUAAGCGAGGGCGCUGCCCAUACCAUUACGUGGAGGUCAUGGCCUGCCCCGCAGGUUGCUUGAACGGCGGAGGCCAGCUCAAGUCCCCUGAUACGCCCGGCAAGGAGCUUCUCCAGCACGUUGAGAGGCUGUACAGCAUGGUCCAGACAGAGGCUCCGGAGAAUGUGCCUGGGGUCCAGGAGCUGUACAAGCACUGGUUGCAGGGUGAGGACUCGGAGCAGGCUGACCAUCUACUGCACACGAGCUACCACGCAGUAGAGAAAGCCAGCUCCAGCCUCAGCAUCAGGUGGUAGGAGGGCCCACCACAGCCAGGGCCAGCACCCCUGGGAAGGCUGUGCCGGGUCUCCAGCAGGGAAGUCACCCCGAAAUGCAGGGUGAACUGCAAAGAUGCACUGGAACCCGCACAGGGAUGGGACUCAGGACCCGUAGCCAGUCAAGGUGACCUCCAGCCUGCACUUCACUUGGACUCGCCGCACAGGAGGCCAGAGGUUCCGCAGGCCCACGUCCGUGGGCAGUGCCCUGGCUCCUCCUGGUUGUGGUGGCCCAAGUGUGUGAGGAUUUUAGCCAGUCUCAUGAGGAGCUUAAGGCAGAGCAAAAGUAAGGUGCCUCUCCCCCAUUUCUAGAGUUACCCCUGAAGCUAGGGUGUGGGUGGGCCAGACCUGCUGGGCUGGUCAAGCUUACAGCCCAAUAUGGGGAACCCGAUUGCACUUGGCAACAAAGGAAAGGGGCACCCAGCCCACAGCACCCCAUACUGGGGAAGUGGUGCCACUCCACCUGGAAGUGGAUUUUCAUUUUGAUUAAGCUGUGGCCUCUGGGGCCCGAGAACCUGUGUUCUCUGGGCCAUGUUCCAGAUGGGAAGAAGGCUGUCGGUGCCAGGCCUCAGUUACCUCUCCAGCUGAGUCCUAUCUCUACCGCUGGAUGCCCACUUACCUGGUGGGGGAGGGAGAGAGGACAGACUGGGCAUGGCCUGUCAGGCCCCUCCCCACCAAGCUCGACCGCUAAUAAAGAGACAUUCCUCUGGAAA